AUGUUUCUAACUUCCUUCGCUAGUAUGAUCAGUUUUACCUUGUUCUUUCUGGUCAUCGUCAAAUCGUUGGGAUGGAUUUUGAAAAAGCAAUUCCCAAAUCUUCGGAAAUAUGAAACAUCCAUUAGAAAAAUCAUUUCUUUUAACAACACUCUAUAUGGCAUACUUUCUGGAGUCUAUUGCAUAUCAUUUGUGUUAUUCCAUCAAAAACCACAGUCAAGUGAUCUAUUAAUUUAUAUCUAUUACUUGUCCAAAAUUUAUGAGUUUCUUGAUAUUGUGUUGGUGAUUAUUCUGAAUCAUGCCAAGAAGAGUGAUGAAGGAUUGAGUGGUCACUUUGCCAUUCAUCACAUCACUACUCUCAGCUUGGUAUGGGCUUGUUUCUAUGCUCCUUCUUCAAUGAUUAUGCAAGAAGACAGACUGUUGAACAAGAAGACUCUGUUGGGAGAAAUUCAUGUGGCUCCAAUUGUAACUAAUACUUUCCAUCACUUUCUAAUGUAUAUCCAUUUGGGAGGUUAUAUUAAAAUGUUUGGGAGAUUGUUGCCUUGGAGUGGUGGACUUCAAUUGGUUGUUGGUGUAUUGGCAGUAGGAUCUCAAGUAUUUGAAAAGAUUUUCCUUUAUGGGAAGUGGAAUAUUCAAGCUGAAGUUUAUGUUUGUGUAAUGUAUGUCAUUUACUUUUGUUGUCACAUUCGAGAUGUGAGAGCCAGUAGUGCCCCACCUAAAGAAAAUGAUUCCAAAUAA